AAUCSACUUUGYGUGACAGUACUCAGUCUGACAUGUCGUCGACGGACCAAAUCACUGCCAAAGUUGUCCUCUUGGGAAAAAACAACUCGGGUAAAACAUGCCUUUUGGAACGAUAUCUACAUCAACGAUACUUGGAGUAUGCAGAGGCGACUAUUGGAGCAGCAUAUGGCACAAAAACACUUGACAUCCGUGAUAAAAGAAUCACAAUGGGGAUCUGGGAUACGGCAGGAAGUGAACGUUACGAUGCCAUGAGUCGUGUUUACUAUCGUGGAGCAAAAGCGGCUAUUAUUUGCUACGAUCUUACUGAGGAGAGUAGUUUCCAUCGCGCAAAAUAUUGGGUCAACGAGCUGCAGACAUACGAAGAGUUCUGCAAUAUUUAUUUAUGUGGUACCAAGAUGGACAUGAUWCAAGGAAAUAACUCUUUACGUGCUAUCUCUUCCCGCACUGUGAAAGAAUAUGCAGAAAAAGUAAACGCAAAAUCAUUUCAAACCUCAAGCAAAACAGGUCAGGGGGUUGAGGGUCUUUUCUUUGCUGUGGCUGAAGGAUGCAUCGAUUUGGACGACACACAAGAGAGAGGUGGAGACAAAAUUAUCAGCUUCGAUAAAGAACUUAAAAAAUCAAAGAAGAAAUGCGACAGCUGUUGACAAUCUUGUAUUGAAAGAACUAYUUCUAAUACAGUUGUACUACAGUAGUUAGUUGAAUGAAAAYGGGAUGGGCUUCCUUUGUAACGGCCAGUUUGACCGCUAGGGACUAGUGACGAGAAAGUAAAAAUUCGAUCUCACUCUCCUUCUUCUGGCUCACAGAAAAAGACAGGAAGCCCAUGACUCUUAGUGAUGCCAGUGGAGGCAACGUUUGAAGUAUGCAAACUUAUUUUUACAGAAAAUUGGAUUGUUUUCACGCUACAAGUAGCAUUAUCGAUGACGUGAAUUUUUGCUAAAGAAACCUUGUCCACCAACUAUCUCAACAAUACCAUGAUGCACUUCGUCAUAUAGUACAUGACGUCAUUAGGCUAGACGACCAUUAUAAUAAACUGUAUAUUCAAUGCCUUCUCGACAAAAAUAAAACUGUUGUUUUAUAUGA